UUUCGGAUCCACUGCAGAUCUCUCUCAAAAUCCCCACUCUACUCACCCUUCUUCUCUGCGGUAGCUGCUUCAAGUUUUCAGAUCACAGAUAUGAUUUCUGAAGUUGAAUUGCAAAGGAAUGUGAUUGCAUGUCCUGCAAAUUCAGAUGGAGAACUAUUGGUUUGUCCGAGGUAUCUUAUAACACAACUGAUGGAGGACUUGUUGAAUGAAAAGGCCAGCAAGGAGCAUGGAUACUUUCUUGCAGUAACUAGCUUGAAGAACAUUGACAAAGGACAAGUAUUGGACGAGUCAGGGUAUGCAUCCUUCCCUGUAACAUUUAAAUGUCGCACCUUUAAGCCUGUCAUCGGAGAUUUCCUACAGGGAGUCGUUCACUACACAUCUCGAGAAGGGGUCUUCUUACGAAUUGGGCCUCUGAAAUAUGCUUUUCUUCCAGUUUUGAAGAUGCCAGGUUACUCCUAUGUUUCUGAAGAAAAUCCAUAUUUCUUAAAUGGCAACACACAUGCAAAGAUAAAUAAUGGUAUAGUGGUCUACUUCGUGGUGCUUGGAGUGAGUUGGAUUGAGAAAACGGGGACUGUCGAGAGGGAAUUUGCACUCAUUGCUAGCAUAGAAGGUGAAAUCCUUGGACCAGUUUCACUUCCUGGGACUUAUGAACUCGACUUGUGAAUGGUGAAUGGUUUUAUACAUGCCAGCGUCAAUAAAAUUACUGACAUGCUUGCUGUGAACAUGGAUCUUAUGCAUUUGGAACCUCAAGAACACCUUUUGCUGUUUUGCUUUAUAUUUGCUUUGCUCAUGCUGCCUGUAAAAACCUGAAUGAUGAGACAAUGCUUAUCCUUUCCAAUAUAAACAUACAUAAGUUUCUUCUCCAAUUGA